AUGGCCCUGCUAGCUACGCUCCUUGCGCUUCGAAACGAUGCCCGCAUUCUUAAGAUUCCCCCGUACCUCUCCGCCUUCCUCAUACUUAUCGGCGUCGCAUGGCUGCUCGUCCUCCCGCUGGACGAAUACUCGCGCAAUACCUAUGUCUCUGAGAAUGCGCUUCUGCCGGGUCAGGUGCACACGUACUUUACGGGCAGCGAACACGACGUGUUCAGGGCUUAUAGACAUGAGGUUGCGGGCCUGGUGGACCUUCCGGCACAGCAGCGAAGCGACAAGCUGAGCGAGCUGCUCCGGGCUUCCAAUCUCAAGGUUGCGACGCAGAAGUACACAUAUACCCCAUCCGGCCGCAACAUCUCCGAUGAGAAUGUCUAUGCCGUGCUGCAGGGCCCCCGCGCCGAUGCUACAGAAGCCAUUGUACUCAUGGCGUCACUUAAGACCAUGGAUGGCGAGCACAACUAUUCCGGCGUCGCGCUGGUCCUCGCGCUCGCCCGCUACUUCAAGAGAUGGAGCUUGUGGAGCAAAGAUAUCAUUUUCCUGAUUUCCGGAGACAGCACGAGCGGACCGCAGGCCUGGGUUGACGCAUACCAUGAUGCACAUGAUCCGACUACGAUUGAGAGCCUCGCCCUGAAGAGUGGUGCACUCCAGGGUGCCGUUGGUGUCGAAUAUCCUGCGGGGCCGUGGGGCCACAGAUAUGACAAGCUACAUAUUGUAUACGACGGCACGAAUGGACAGCUUCCCAACCUCGACCUCUUCAAUACCGCCGUUAAUAUCGCCUCCGGUCAGAUGGGCAUAGGCUGCACCCUCCAGCGCAUGUGGCAUCACGGCAACUCAUAUCCAGAGCGCUUGCAGACGAUGCUACGAGGCAUGCUCUCUCAAGGGCUUGGACAUGCCACCGGACCGCAUAGUGCAUUCAUACCAUACCAUGUUGAUGCUAUCACACUUGUCACUGUGGGUGACGGAUGGCAUGACGAGAUGGGCUUGGGGCGCACCGUGGAGAGCUUAUUCAGGAGUCUCAACAACUUGCUUGAGCACCUGCACCAAAGCUUCUUCUUCUACCUAUUGCUCGAAGCUAAGCGCUUCGUCAGUAUAGGGACGUAUCUUCCGUCUGCUAUGUUGAUUGCUGCCAACUUCAGCAUCACCGCCAUCGCGCUUUGGGUUCGUAGUGGACGCCCACAGGAGCCCACACCGAACCCCGCUGCUACGAAGCCCGUCCCCAGAUCUGCUUCUCAGGACGCUGCCACGGAAUCGGACCAUAAGAGAAAGGAACAGGAACAAUCGCAGCAAGAAGAUGAGAGGAAAGCAGUCGAACACUCUACUGUAAUAGCAAUCAAGGACGGCGCCACCGCCAUAAUUCCUACCGAAGUCUUACAAAUCUCUGAGCGCCCGCUCUUCCUGCCAACAGCCUUUGUCAUAAUUGCUCACUUUCUGGGCCUUAUCCCACUCGCCGCCUUCAAUCACAUUCCAGUCGAAGAGCUUCGGUCCUCCUUCCUCCUCGCCGCAAAUCUGACCACCCUCCUGCCUCUCGCAACCGCCUACUUCCUCUCCCAAUUCAACCGACCCACACAUCAAGAGUCUACCUUGAUUCACUGUUUCAGCCUGCUCUUCCUUGGCAUGUACCUCUCUGCUCUCGCCACACUGAACUUUAGUCAGAGCCUGAUAGUCGGCUUGUUGACUGCCCCACUAAGUUUUGUGCGAAGGGGCAAGGGAGGGUUGGUCACUGCGCUGCAGUUUGCGCUACUGGUAGCUAUCAACCCGGUCAUGGUGGUGAAUAGUGCAACAUAUUUGAGUAAGGUUGAGUUGUUGGAUGUGUUAGUUAAAGCAGCAGAGGGAUGGCACAUCUGGGGGAUGUGGACCCAGGUCGUGGUAUGGCUUGUUUGGUGGCCUGCGUGGUUUUGUGGCAGUGUCGUCGUUGCAUUGGGAUUGUUCUGA